AUGAACAAUAAUUUAAAGAACAAGAAAGUUCUGUAUUAUAUUGAUGAGGAUUUAAACAAUAAUAUAUAUAGUGAAAGUGAAAAAAUAUUUUUAAAAAAUAAUAUAAACUGGAAUAAAAUAAAAGUAUUAAAUGAUAAUAAAGAGAAAUUUGAUAUGGAUGAAAAAGUUGAUAGCAAUGAAACAAGCGAAAAAUGUUUUAAAAAAAUAAAAUUAAGUGAUUCAAAUGAUUUGAAUGUAAAAAAUACAAAUAAAAGUGUUUUGUAUAAAAAAAAAUAUGAAAACUUAAAUUCUGAAUAUGAAAAAAAAAAAAAAUCAUCAUGUAUAUUUGAUGAAGGUUCUUCAAAUACAAAUAAAUUUGAAGAAAAAGAUAAAGAUCAAAACAGUGAAUGUAAUUCUGUUGGUUUUCAAAGUUAUUUGUCACUUUAUUCAAAUUAUAAUAAUAAAAACGAUAAUGAAGACAUAAAUAAUAAUUUAAAUAAUGAUAUUCUAGAAACAAUUAAAAUAGAUAAUAUAUAUGAUUCUUUUAUUGAAGACGUAAAGAGUUCAUUUGUUCUCACUAAGAAUAUGAAAAAAAGUUUUAAAAAUUUUAUUGAAAAGAAAAAUCAAAAAAAUAAAGAAAAAAUGUGUUUAAAUUUGUAUUCUAAAAGUGAUGAUGAAAAUGGAAGUUCUAGUUUUCAUGUUUCAGAUAAUUUAUGUAUAGGUAAUAAUUCUACAAAUAAACUAAAAAUAGAAAAAGUUAUAAAAACUGAUAGUUCGGAGAGUUCUCAGAAGAAUGAUAAUGAUAUUAUUAGUGAUGAAGAAUUUUUAAAUAUACAAAAUGAGUUAUCUGAGAAUCCUGAAAAAAAUGAGAAAAAUAGUAACAAGAACUAUGAAGUUCAAGAUGACAUACAGAAUUUGGAUAAAAAAAGUUUACUAAAAAAAAAAGGAAAUGACAUACUUAAAGAUAAUAACAAUAUUAAGGAUAAAAAUAAAAAAAAUAAUGAAAAUGAUAUAAUUAAUGAUUAUAAAAGUGCCUAUAUAAUGGAAAAAGAAGUCGAGUUUUAUAUUCCGUUAAAUGAAAUUAAUAAUUUGAACGAUUUAGUUAGAGAAAAUAAAAAAGAAAAUAAUUUAAAAAAUACUCUUCUUAAGAAAAAUAAAGAAGAUAAUAAAAUAAAUAAUAUACAAAGUAGUAAAUCUGGAAAAAAAACAAAAGUAUUAAAUAAAGAGGUAGAUGAAUUAUGUAAUAAAGAUGAUUACAAUAUAAAAUGUCCUAAUUAUAAUAAUGUACAUAAUGAUCAGAUAAAUAAUAAGAUGGAAAAUAAUAUUAGCCAUGAAAGUGAUAUAUCUUCAAUUACAGAUAAUAACGGUAGUGAGAUAAAUGAAGAAAAUGAAAGUGAGGUUAAUGAAAAAAAUAAAAAAAAUAAAUUAAAGAAAAUAAAAAAUAGGAAUAAAAGAUCAAACAAAGAAAAUGAAAUACAAAAGGAUACUAAAAAAAAUGAGAAAUAUAAAAAAGACAAUGAAAAUGAUAUAUAUGAUAAAGAAAUUAUGGAGAGUAGUGAAACAGAUAAAGAAGUUAAAGAAAAAGAAGCAAACAAAGAAAUUGAAAUAAACAAAGAAAAUAAAACAGUUAAAGAAAAUAAAGUAAAAGAAGAAAUUAAUGAAAAUGAAACAAAUAAAGAAAAAAUAGUAAAGGAAGAAAUUAACGAACAUAAUAAAAUAAAAGAAGAAGUAAAUGAAAAUAGAAUAAAAGAAGAAGUUGAAGAAAAUGAUAUAUUCUCAAAGAGUAAGACUAAUAAAAAAAAUAAAGGAGAUAAUCUUAAAAGUAAUGAAAAAAGUAAAGUAUUAUGUGAAAAUAAUGAAAAUAUGUAUAAUUUAAGGCAAACAAAAAAGAGGAAUAUGUUUUACGAAAAUGUGUCAAAUAAAAUUUCUAAAAUUUUUUAUGAAGUAAAAAAAAAAAUUAACAAAAAUUCUUAUGAAAAUUUGUUAGAUGAAAAAGAAAUUGUAAGUGAAGAGAAAAAUAUUAACAAAGAAAAUUGUAUUAAUGAAGAAAGCACUGCAAAUGAAGAAAUCAUUUUGAAUGAAAAGACGAAUGAAAAUGAAGAAACAGACUUAAAUGAAGAAAAGUCAUUAGGUGAAGAAGGUAUUAUAAAUAAAGAAAAUUGUGCAAAUAAAGAAAUUAAUAUGGAUGAAAAAGAGAUUAAUAAAGAAAAAAAUGAUCUUAAUGAAGAAAAGGAGAUAAAUGAAAAACAUCGUAGCAUUGAAAAAAAUGAUAUAAAUAAAAAACAUGAUACUAGUGAAAAAAAAGAUAUAAAUAAAAGAGACAAUAACAAUGAAAAAAGUGAUACAAGUAAGGAAAUUAACAUGAAUGAAAAAAAUAAUAAAAAUGAAAACAGUAAUUUAAAUGAAAAAAAUAGCAUAAAAGAAAAAGAUAAUUCAAAUGAAAAAGUUGAUAUUGAGUUCAUGGAAGAAAAUGAAUUAAAAAAUGAAAAUAAAGAUAAUGUUGACACAGAAAAUAAAAAUAAUGAAAAGGAAAUUAAUAAUGAACAUUUUUCAAAAAAAAUAGAGGUUAAAAUUAAGUCAAUAGUGGAGAAAAAAAGUAAUAUUAAAGAAGAAUUCAACAAUGUAAAUAAUAUUCCAAUAGAAACAAGAACAUGUAACAUAUGUAAUACAGUUUUUGCAAAUAAUAAAUUAAUGAGAAGACAUUUAACAAGCGUUCAUUCGGAUGCACGACCUUAUAAAUGUGAAAUUUGUUCAAAAACAUAUAAAAGAUCAGAUCAUUUAAAGAAGCAUGUAGUGAAACAUGAUAUAAAUAAAGAAGAAAAAAAAUUUCAAUGUUCUAUUUGCCAAUUAUUUUUUAAAACAUCAAAAGAAUUAAGUAUGUGCAAAUUAAAGCAUUCGAAAUGUUCUAAUGAAAAUUGUUCUUAUACGUCUAUUGCAAAUCAAAAAACAAAUAACUUAGAUAAAGAUAAAUCCAUUUUAAAUGAUAGCAAUAAUAUAAAGGAAAAAAUUUGCGAUGCAAACGAAAUAGAUUCUUUAAAAAAAAAAGAAAAUACAAAUGAAAAAGGUAAUAAUAUAGAUGAAAAGGAAAAUAAUGUAAAUGAAAAGGAAAAUAAUAUGAACGAAAAAGAAAAUAAUGUAAAUGAAAAGGAAAAUAAUGUAAACGAAAAGGAAAAUAAUGUAAAUGAAAAGGAAAAUAAUGUGAACGAAAAGGAAAAUAAUGUAAAUGAAAAGGAAAAUAAUGUGAACGAAAAGGAAAAUAAUGUAAAUGAAAAGGAAAAUAAUGUAAAUGAAAAGGAAAAUAAUGUAAAUGAAAGGGAAAAUAAUGUAAAUGAAAAGGAAAGUAAUAUAAAUGAAAAGGAUAAUAACGAAAAUGAAAAGAAUGAAACAUAUGGUAAAAUAAAUGAAAAAAUUUUAACAUUACAAAAUGAUAAUAAUGAAAAUAAAAUUAUUAUAGAUAAUAAUCAACAAAGUAUAGAGUUAAAAAAAAAUGAAGAUAUAACAGCAGUAAUAGAGAAAAAAGAUGACAUUAAAGAAGAAUUAAAUAAUGUAAAUAAUACUCCAAUAGAAAUAAGAACAUGCAAUUUAUGUAAUAUGGUGUUUGCAAACAAAAAAUUAAUGAGGAGGCAUUUAAUGAGUGUCCAUUCGGAUGCACGCCCUUAUAAAUGUGAAAUUUGUUCAAAAACAUAUAAAAGAUCAGAUCACUUAAGAAAACAUGCUAUGACACAUGAUAUAAAUAAAGAAGAAAAAAAAUUUCAGUGUUCAAUUUGUCAAUUAUGUUUUAGCACAUCAAAAGAAUUAAGACAUCAUAAAAUUCGCCAUUAUAAAUGUCCAUAUGAGAAUUGUUCUUAUUCUUAUUCUACCAUUUCAAAAAUGAAAUAUCAUUUAAACAAACAUAAAUGCAAUCUUUUCUAUUCUUGCCCAGUUUGCUGUAAGAAAAUUCUUAUGUAUAAAGAAUUUAUACAGCAUAAAAGAAGUUGUUUUAAAAAAAAGUAUGUUUGCUUAGAAUGCAACAAAAUAUAUUUGCAUAUUAAUGGAUAUAACAAACAUGUUAAUAAAGUUCAUUUAAAAAUUAAAACAAAUUAUAAUUGUAAUAUAAAUAAUUGCAAUAAAGAAUUUUCUUCCGAAUUUAGCUUGAAAGAACAUAUAAUUAAUUUUCAUCAUCGCGUUAAAAGAUUCUUUUGUCCCAAAUGUAAUAUGUCGUUUGGUUAUAGAAGCUCUUUUAGAAGACAUAAUAUUAAUUUACACCCGUAA